CACGCACGCACCUUCGCGUACGUGUCGCCUUCGCUCUCGAUUGCCCGCCCAACCGCGUGCCGCCUAUAUCUCCUUCCGCCGGCCCCUCUGCUAGAAUCCCCGAUAACAUUUCUUCACAGCCCCGAGUGCCUUGCUCGAGAUGGGGAUCCUGGACGAGCUGUCGGAGAUGUGCCUGUGCCCGGGGAUCCGCCCGCGGCGUCGGCUGAAGAAGCGGAAGCAGAUGACGACGGUGGAGAUGAAGGUCCGGAUCGACUGCGAAGGGUGCGAGCGGAAGAUCCGGAAGGCGGUGGAGUCGAUGGAAGGGGUGACGGGGGUGGAGGUGGUGCCGAAGCAGAACAAGGUGGCCGUCACGGGCUACGUGGACCCGGCCAAGGUGAUGCGCCGGGUGGCAUACAAGACCGGCAAGCGUGUGGAGCCCUGGCCCUACGUGCCCUACGACGUCGUGGCGCACCCGUACGCCCCGGGGGCCUACGACAAGAAGGCGCCGCCAGGGUACGUCCGCAACGUCGUCUCCGACCCCAACGCCGCGCCGCUGGCGAGAGCGUCGUCCACCGAGGUUAAGUAUACCUCCGCCUUCUCUGAUGAGAACCCCAACGCCGCUUGUACCAUCAUGUAGAUUGUAGAGAGAGAGCUUUGUGCUAAGCUAGUUUCAACUUGCUGUAUGUGUGUAUGUACUCGGUCCGUCGUCCGAGAGAAGGUGUAAAUUAUUGAUAUCCAACUUUGGGAGAGGAUCCUCAUGGUCUUCCUCUUCCCCCUCUACUCUGCACUCUUCUAUGUAUUUCGAUCGUGUGUAGUGUGUUGUGUAUACAGGGUAAGUUGUAUAUAUCCAUAUUGUUUGAUGAUGUGGUUAUAUCCAAGUAAGUAGAGUUGGAGAUGGAUGCCACGCUGA